ACAAGUAGGAAGAAAGUCGAAGAAAGCUAUCUUCGUAAGCUGAAAAACGAAAGAGAGCAUCCCAACGUCAAAUUACAUAAUAUACUUCGCAUCGUUGUCGAAGGUGUGUCCGCCAUGGAAGCUCUGGGGCUUCCCUCUCUCCGCCCUCUUACGAUUUCGCAGUCCACCACUUCCCGCAGAGUGCAAACUGCGAAGAGCUCGUGGACGAAGACGCAUUCUCCUCAGGGUUUUAUGGAGCUUCCUUCUCUCGGAUUGAGUUCAACUUUCGAAAUUCGCCUUAAAAAGCGGAGUGUUAUCAGAAUGAUAGCUGACAUGGAUGACUAUGACUUAAAGCAAAUGAAGGAUAUGGCUGCUGCCCGAAAGAGAUGGGACUCUCUGAUUAGGGAACAAAAGGUUAAAUGUCUGACUCCAAGGGAAGCUGGAUAUGCAAUACAACUCUCAGAUAAGACCCUAUUAGAUGUUCGCCCUUCCGUGGAACGCAACAAGGCUUGGGUCAAAGGAUCAACUUGGAUUCCAAUAUUUGAUGACAAUAGUGGAUUUGAUCCUGGGACUCUUUCUAGGAAGAUGACAAGCUUUGUGAUGGGUGGUUGGUGGAGUGGUGCACCUACACUGUCCUAUAACAAGCAGUUCUUACCAAGUAUUGAGGAAAAAUUUCCAAAAGAUUCUGAUCUUAUUGUUGCAUGCCAGAAAGGUUUGAGAUCAUUAGCUGCUUGCGAGCUUCUCUAUAAUGCUGGUUAUAGAAGUCUUUUCUGGGUUCAAGGUGGCCUAGAGGCUUCUGAAGAAGAGGAUCUCCCCAGAGAGGGCCCCCAGCCUCUUAAAUUUGCUGGAAUUGGCGGUGUUUCGGAAUUUCUGGGUUGGACUGACCAACAAAGAGCAACAGCUGCCAAAGAGGGUUGGACCUAUCAAUUAGUAUUUUCCGCUCGUCUGGUUGGGCUCUUUCUCGUUGCCGACGCCUUAUUCCUCGGUGGACAACAACUAGGUCGUUAUAUUCAGGAGCUAAGAACCCACUGAUGAUAAUUGCCAAGUUACUGUUGAAGUACCUUAAGACCUCAGUUUUGCACCAUGAGAUAAAAACUUUUGAGUUUUACCAGCAUAAUGGUGGAAUUAGUUCAUGCAAUGAUAGUAAAGCCAUUUCUUUUUCUUUUGUAACCCUUUGCGUCUAUGCAAGGUACGGUAGCUUGUAGCUGUCAAUUUAGGCUUUGUGAGUGGCUAUGAGACUAGCUGGAGUGUAAACUAUCUGAGAACUUUUGUUGAGAGAAGCAGUAUCUCAACAAAGAAAUUUUGUUGUGCUCUUGCUGAGUCGGACAUUGUUCCCAUAAUUUGAAUGUAGUAGGUGUGGGACAUUUGUGCCUGCGAUGACU